UGGGUUUAGGAUUCGGUGUCCUGGUUUGGCACUCCACUAGUGUUACUUGAACUUGAAUCGGUCUUCAACUCCGCGUCUGACGUCAACGCAAAGGACAAGAACUUGAUACUGGAAGCCAGGCCCUAGAGCCGCACAGAUGCUCGGCCCCCUAGCGGCCCGUAAGAGUAUUUCCCCAGCGUGACCGACCAACCACAGCCACCGACCAACCACAGCCACCGCUAUUGGGCAGCAGGUAUACCUCCGCCUCUAGGGCGGGUCCUCCAGGGGGCAGAGGAUUGCGUGACAUUUUGCGACUUCGGUUCCGCUGCCGUCAUUUACAACAUAAUUGGCUUUGCAGUGCGCAUCCGGGUCUGCGUCAGGAAGGCCCAAGUUUCCAUCGCGCGAGGCUGAGCCACACAGCGUGCGAGGCUCCCCCAGCAGCACUGACUCCGAUCUCCGGAAGCCGCCCCCAGAGCUCCGAGGACUCGCCCAGCGUCGCGCGGUCCUGCCGACACCUGUUACCUCAAAGAGGACUUCGCCGCCCCGAGCCCCCCGCCCCCACGUCCUCUGCCAGGCCCAGAAGCGCCGUCCGCAGCGCCGUCGAGGUGAUGGGCAGCCGGCCCCGCAGCCCCAGUGCCUGCCUUGCGCCCUGGUGGGGACAGCAGCCAGGAGGACCAGGCCCUGCCAAGCGCAGCCGAUUGGAGGAACCCGCGGGCCCCGAAUCCUGCGCGGCGCCCAGCCCGGAAGACCCGGCGGGGACCCCGGCCGUGGACGCGCUCACCUCCAUAGUGGUCCUGGCCGCGGGCUGUGCCCUGCGUGUGCCCCUGGACGACGUCGACCUGGUGCUGGAGCUCUCGCCAAUGUCGGUCCUGCGAGUGUCUCUCGGUGGACACACCCUCAUCGUGAUCCCCGAGGUCCUCCUGAGCUCCGUCGACGAAUGCUCAGGAGCGCAGGGCGACUGGUCUGCCGGCCUGGAAGUGGACGUUUUCCUGGGCGCUCACGGGGAAGACGUCGUCGUCGAGCAGGAAGUCUUCUGCGCAUCUGUCCCAGAGAUCGCUGCCGAGGAAGAGGCCUACGAGGAGGACGCGGACUCUGAGGUCCCAGAGCUCUGGAUGGACUCCGCAGCCGGCUCAGCCGCUGGGCUCUACCCCUCCGCUAGAAGUAUGUUCAGCCCCUACCGGGAGGGCCCCAUCCAAGGGCCCUGUGCUCUGGCCCCCAACCCCAGUUCAGAGAGACGCUCUCCACGCCCCAUCUUCGACCUGGAAUUCCAUCUUCUGGAGCCUGUCCCCAGCUCACCUCUCCAACCUCUACCUCCCUCUCCGAGUCCAGGUACCCACGCGCGCCCGGAGCUCCCAGAGCGCCCUCCGUGCAAGGUCCGGAGACGCCUGUUCCAGGAAUGAGUUGCCUCCCACAAUCCCUUGCCACCCUGCUGGGCUCCAGGAGACUGUCUCCUGAUAGCCGUUGUGUGUAUGUUGCGCAACCUACAAGGAUCUCGGAGAGUGGAUAACGGAUAGAUGCUUUUUUGAUACAGGCUGCGUUGCAGAAUUUUGGAUCAGUGGCUGACUUAGAAAGUCUGGAAAAAAAGAUCCUCCUCAGCAUAAAAAUACGCUAGUUGAAAUACAGUCUACUUUCAGACUGUGAGAUUGCUGCUUCGGGCCUGUUUUGUUUGGAAGUCACCCCUAGGCAGCUCCAUUCCCCCUGGUUUUGCUUUAAACCUCAGUUCCAGCACAUUUCUCUAAAAAUCCGCCCUUUCCCCAGCACGUUACCAUGGCACACCUUUUCUCCCAAGUUAAUUUACUACAUUUAUUUUGUUUAAUGGGUUUUGGCCCUAGUCUCCGGGCUAGUUUAUGACGACCUUCUCACCAUGGAAUUUUUCCCUAUGGUGGCCUGAGCCCUUUUGGGUGAUCUUGCACAUAGUUGUACCUGGACAAAUGUUUGUUGUUUGCAAAACAGACCGAACUGGGAAUAAUGAUCAUGUACCCUCCUUUUUUUCAUGAUUGGCUUAGCAAAUUGUUUAUGUUAUUGGGCUUUAUUUCCCCCCUAACUCUUAGAGCCAGCUCUUUUCCAUUCAUUUCUUCUUCUAUGUUUUUAAUAUAAUUAUUUUAUCCUGGAAAAGCUUAUAAUUCUAAGACUCUGUGUGUGUAUGUGUGUGUGUGUUGUUUGUUUGUUUUUUUGAGACAAGAGUUUUGCUCUUGUUGCCUAGGCUGGAGUGCAAUGGCACAAUCUCAGCUCACUGCAACCUUUGCCUCCCAAGUUCAAGCGAUUCUCCCGCCUCAGCCUCCCAGGUAGCUGGGAUCACAGGCAUGCGCCACCACACACGACUAAUUUUGUAUUUUUAGUAGAGACGGGGUUUCACCAUGUUGGCCAGGCUGGUCUCGAACUCCUGACUUCAGGUGAUCCAUCCACCUCAGCCUCCCAAAGUGCUGGGAUUACAGGCACAAGCCAUUGCACCCAGCCGGAAAUAAUUUGUUUCUUAGGUUGAUGUAUCAAAUGCAAUUACUGAAUUUCUUUAGUGGUGUAUGUGUAGAUUCUCGAUUGAUUGACUGAUUGAUAAAAACAAUAUCUCCAAAUAAUGAGAAUAUUGUCUUUUUUGACAAGCUUCGUACAUCUUAUUUUUCUUUAAUCUUUUAUAUUGGACAUUACUUCAAGUCCAGGUUGAACAGUAUGGUUAAUAUGGGCAUUCCUGUUUUAUGCCUUGUGUUAAUGCUUCUAAAUUUUACCAUAAAGUAUGAUCUUUACUCUAUAUGGUUGUUAGAUAACCCUUAAUCUAUUGAAGCAGUUAAUUUUCAGUCUUUCAGAUCAUGAAAAAGUGUUGAAUUUUUGCUUUGUUUUUGCCUAAGUUACUACAAAGAUGUUAUCAAGUUGUUUUAAAUGUUGACAUUUAAUUAUUUGUGUGUAUACAAUAAUACAAUACAAUAGCUAGAUGGAACCUUUGGGCCACGAGAGUACGUACAGAAACCUGGCAAGAGCGCUAAUGAGACCAGGCUUUGGGCUUCAGGGAUUUAAAACAAUUGGAUGCUUUAUGAGGACUUGAGAAGACACAAGUGGAAGGAGAAAGGCAGUAACUGUAGGGUCCAUUUAAGGUUUUAAAUGUUAAAAAUUUAAGAAACUUUUUUUUCUGUAUGCAUAAGAUGACUUUUUGUAAUUUUUUUAAUCAACUUGUGGUGAUUUGUGCUAAUAGAAUUUCUAACUACUAAGUAUCUUUGCAUUUCUGCUAUUCUACAGUAUUUUAUAUGAUUCUAACUCCACCUUGGGUUGUUUUUUGCCUUUUUUUGAAUGUUUAGUUUGUUUGUUUUACAUACCCAUAUACAGCACUAAUUUUUUUUAUUAUACUUUAAGUUCUGGGGUACAUGUGCAGAAUGUGCAGUUUUGUUACAUAGGUAUACAUGUGCCAUGGUGGUUUCCUGCACUCAUCAACCCGUCAUCUACACUAGGUAUUUCUCCUAAUGUUAUCCCUCCCCUAUCUCCCCACCCCCCGACAGGCCCCAGUGGGUGAUGUUUCCCUCCCUGUGUCCAUGUGUUCUCAUUGUU